AUGCCCUCCCAUGAGGAGAUUGGGAAAGAGCAACGACAGCACGACAUUAGCAUCGCGCACUCAUUUACACUGCUUCAUCGACACCUACAGAAAACACAUACAUUACCUUGGUUACCCUGCUUCGUCGAUAGAUACCCUACCUCGACGAUACAGAAAACUCACUUUUGCUUCGUUAAUACAACAUAUACACAUUUGCCCGACCUCGCCGAUACAGCAUAUACACACAUUUACCCUGCUUCGUCAAUAAGCAUGUAUCAUCCCUACUACCGAGGAGGUGGCCGUAGUCCUCGUUGCCAUUGCUGUAAUGCUCCUGGGCAUACUUCAGCAAAUCAACCCGCCCUCCACCCCCUUCGCUGUCGCGGAGGCGACAGCAGCCGCUACGGCGGAUGCUGCCCGGGUGGGCUUGUCUUCGUCCCACAGGCCCUCCGGCCUACACUCCUCUCGCUGCCGAUGCUGCUGCCGCCGCUAAAAAACAACAACAAAAAAACACCACCCUCUCAAGGACAUCCAGUUUGCCUGCCUUCAGAAGCAAGAAAGCACCAGAGCUUAAUAUAA